AGACAAUAGAGGUGAUUAAAUUGACAAUGGAACAAUUCUGGUUCUAUGUGGUUCUGUUCUCCUUCAUCCUCUUCGUCUCUGUUACUUUCUUGCUACAUAAACAAAGAAAGCGUAAUAAUAAGAACUUACCACCAAGCCCAUUAGCCUUUCCGAUCAUUGGUCAUCUCCAUAUCCUGAAAGAACCUCUCCACCGAUCGCUUCACCAUCUUUCCGAUCAAUAUGGUCCCAUCCUCUAUCUUCACUUCGGAUCCCGCCCUGUGCUUCUAAUCACUUCUCCUUCGGCCGUCGAAGAAUGCUUCACAAAGAACGAUAUCAUAUUUGCAAAUAGACCCCAACUUCUGGUAGGAAAGCAUAUGUACAAUUACACCUCACUUGGGGCUUCUUCUUAUGGAUCUCAUUGGCGGAACCUCCGCCGCCUCUCAACAAUUGAGCUCUUCUCCUCAACCCGUCUCAACAUCUUUUCAGAUCUCCGACCAGAAGAGGUGAGAUUGUUAAUUAAGGAUCUUUACAGAGUUUUGUGUGAAGAUUUUGUUAAAGUGGAGCUAAAAUCAAGGUUUUCAGAUCUUUCGUUUAAUGUUAUAAUGAGAAUGAUCUCAGGGAAGCAGUACUGCAAGGAUGAAGUGGGUUUGAAGGAAGCUAAACAGUUCCAACAAAUUACAAGUGAGAUUUUUGAAGUUAGUGGUAUACCCAAUUUGGGUGAUUUCUUUCCGAGUUUGAGUUUUGUUGAUUGGAAUGGGUUGGAGAAGAGGAUGAAAGCCUUGCAUAGGAAAGCAGAUGUGUUGUUGCAGCGUUUGAUAAACGAGCAUCGGAACAGUCACAAUUAUACUUCUUUGGCAGAAGAAGGAGAGAUGAAGACGAUGAUGGAUGUUCUCCUCUCGUUACAACACAGGGAGCCAGAUUACUACACCGAUGAAAUCAUUAAAAGCUUCCUCUUGGGGCUGCUUAUCGCUGGAACCGACACAUCAGCGACAACAUUAGAAUGGGCGAUGUCGCUUCUCCUCAACCAUCCGGAGGUGUUGCGGAAGGUUAAAGCUGAGGUUGAUGAUGUACUACAUGGAGGAGAACGAGUACAUCACGAUCAUGAUCAUGACAGCAGUACGCACUUGUUAUUGAUUGAUGAACAACAACAUCUCGCUAAGAUGAAAUACCUCCAAUGUGUGAUCAACGAGACAUUACGAUUGUUUCCGCCAGCCCCACUUCUAGUGCCACAUGAGUCAUCCAAGGACUGCACCGUUGGAGGGUAUGAUGUCCUAGGUGGUACAAUCUUAAUUGUCAAUAUAUGGUCUAUUCAUAGAGAUCCUAAGUUGUGGGAUGACCCUACAAGUUUUAAGCCUGAGAGGUUUAUUAAUGAAUUAGCUACAGCAGCAGGUGGAGAUGAAACAGGGGAAGCAUGUAGGCCGCCACUGUUGCUCCCAUUUGGGAUGGGAAGGAGGGGAUGUCCUGCCGCUGGGCUAGCUAAUCGUGUGGUAGGGGUGGCUCUAGCAACACUAAUUCAAUGCUUUGAGUGGAAAAGACUCGGAGAAAAGGAAGUAGACCUCACAGAAGGGCCAGGGCUAACUGCACCCAAAGCCAAGCCCUUGGAAGCUAUGUGCAAGGCAUGCCCAACCAUGAUUAAUGUCCUUUCCAAAUUAUGA